AUGACAGAAUCGGAAAUCGAGGAAUAUAUAUUGGCUGAAAAAGAUGUCUCCGAGUGUGUCAAAAAAGUGGUUUCCACAAUGUUCAGAGUCGGCCCACCAGAUGUUCUCCUAUUAACCACCGCUUCCCUGUUGAAUACUGCAGCUACGGGCGGCGUGUUCAAGACUCACCUUGCCGAUCGGAUGGUAAUUGUUAUAGCUGAGGCAUCACAAGUUCCUGAACCUAUUUUGAUCUGUUUUGUUACGAUGUUUCCGGAUACACGUCAGCUCUACAUCGGAGAUAUUCACCAAAUGCGGCCCUACGUUCAGUGCCCAAGAGAAGCCAAUCCUGCACUUUUCGGGGCUCGCAGCGUCAUAUCUGUCCUAGGACAUUCACCCGGCGUCCCGAAAACUGCAAUGGUGACAAGCUUUAGGGCCCACCCCGCCCUUAAUGCCUUGCCGAACCUCCUGUCGUACGGCGGGACACUCAUCAAUGGAACAACGGUGAACGACCGUCGUCUACUCUUAGAUCGGAUCAGCUUCCCUAAUCCUCACCUCCCCUUCGCUCUCAUUGAUGUCGAAGGAACCUCUGUUCGUGCUCCUACUCGCUCGCACGCAAAUGAGGAAGAGGCUACGAUCUGUCUCUCCCUAAUCCAUCAGCUGCUACAGGUCGGCCUUUCGCCUAGUCAAUUUUGCGUGGUAACCUUCUAUCAAGAGCAAUUCCGCCUACUGUUCGAGUUUGCAUCUGACCGUAACAUCGAAGACCGUAGACUCAAUUCAGGGUCGUGA